AUGGAAGGACGUUGCCAGGCCUCUCACAUCAUCUAUGAAGCACACGUCACCAGCCAGGAUGAGCUCAGGACAUACAUCGGCUCAGCAGAGACAACGUUCAAAACAAGAUACAACAACCACACGAUGUCCUUCCGCCACGAAAAGUACCGCACUAACACGGAGCUCUCCAAACACCUCUGGAAAAAGAAAAACGACGACAAAGAGUAUCACCUGUCCUGGAGAAUCAAGGACAAGGCCAGCUCCUACAACCCCGCAACGAAGAGAUGUUGCCUUUGCACCACGGAGAAGGUGCGUAUACUCACUGCUGACAAGACCAAAAUCCUCAACAAGCGAAAGCUGAAAAUUGUGGAUGACAUCGACAAACGAAUAGGUGUUCACAAAGAGUAUCGUCUGAUAGGAUUCGGUCAGGAGACAGGUCGACAUGGCGGAAUUGGAUUUGCCGUCUCCAACAAUUUCCAGCAGUACCUAACAAAUUUCAAACAAAAUUCUGACCGUGUAGGAUACGCGGACUUCCUAUUGCCGUCGCUACCGGUCGACAACAAGAGCAACGAACGGGUUCCUGUUCGCUUCAUUAUUGCGUAUGGUCCAAACAACCCAGUCGCCAAGCAGAACCCAGAGCAACGAGACAAAUUCUAUGACGAGCUUUCUGAAGGACUGCAAGCUAAAAACAAGAGGACACUAGUGUUUUGUGUCGGAGACUUCAACAGCAAAGUUGGCAGUCGUCAGUGUGCGUCCAUGGGUGCCUUCUCGAGAGGUACACGCAACGAGAACGGUGAAGCCCUUGUGCAGUGGACUCAGUCAAACUGCCUUGUGUUGGCCAAUACACUGUUUCAAUAUUCCAUGCGCUACAGAACAACAUGGACGGGAUCAGUAACUAGCACGGAUACUGGAGUCAAAAAGCAGAUCUACAACACUAUCGACUAUGUCAUCGUCCCAGAGCGCUUCAGACCCUUGGUGGGGAAAGCACGGUCUUAUUCAGGUACGGAAGUGACAAGCGAUCACAAGCUGGUAAUUGCUGAUAUGGAGUUUUGCAGUCUCUUCCGAAUCUACAGAGCUAAAUCUCGUGGAAAGAAGCAGCAGCUUCAGCCACAUCAUGAAUGCCGACACCCCACUAAACCCUAA